AUGUAUGAUUGUUCAAUCGACUUCGCAAAGAUGAAAAGUUCUUUGUUUGACGAUAAAAGCCGCUGGUUUGAACUUAGCUCAAACAACGCUUUCCUGGAGCUGCUGUUUUCGGUUCCAAUCUACGUAUCCGAACAGAGCGGUGACACCCGUCGAAUCAUCGACAUUCAGUUGCGCAAACGCUGCAAUGAACUCAUAACCACCAGUGCGAACAUAGUUGUUGGUCCGAUGAUGAACUGGGUGGAUACUGCUGAGGACGAGCUUUUAAAACCGGAUUUUGAUAUCAAGAAGCACCCUGAUCUCUCACCUGCGAAAGUAAGCGAGUUGGCGAAGGCAGCGGUCAGAGCUCUGACACAUGCAUGGCCGGAGCUUUGCGCGACAUAUUCGCUGUAUAUCGGAGUUCCAGAAACCGAAGCAAUUCUGUUGUCGCCAGUGCGCAAACGAAUUGCUGACACCUUUGCUAGAGCUAUAUCAUUUGCUGCCAGAGCAUAUGACGAUGAAGGCAGAAGUAUUGCUGCGCUGCCAACUGUACAGCAUGUGUAUCUUCUUCUAAACAAGGAAUAG